AUGAAAAAAUGCUGCCCGGUCCCGAAGGCUGCCCGGUUCGCCCGUGCCUAAAACCGCUACUGAUAAUGGCGCAACAUUCGACGCAUUAUAACUUUGUAACACAUCCCUGCAUGCCGUCUGCGCCUUUAAGAUCAAUGGUAGGCAAUUCUUGCGUCAUAGAAGGGUCGAUUGUGUUGUGUACUAUUUUCAUAGUAAUCAUGCGACACUAAGACUGUAAUUAGACCAUCUCCGAUAACGGCCCAGCACAGCAUGCAGCGGUCGCCACAGCCCAACAACUAUUUAACUCGUGGAUUAAUUUCGGUCGUUAAAAAUCCAUAUUAUAGUCAAUAAAACACCAAUUCCCAAUAUCCAUUGCGCGUGUCUUCAUGACAUUCUCAGCGGUCAUUGAAAUCGAAGGCUUGCUGGGAACUAGAGUCUCCUCUUCUCAGCUCCCAUUUUCCACAGGUUUCGCGAGAUUUACAUAGGGUUGGUGUGUGGCAGCAUUUCUCUGUCAGACGAACUGAAAAAUACUGAUAUGAAAUCUGCGUAAAGGUAAUGAAAAUAUGUUCCUAAGAGAGGACUGUAAACACCCAUUUGAUGCUGGUGUUUGUUACUUGCCAUGAAGGACACCGCAGAGCGGAUGUAGCUUGCCGCCUCCACUUACAGCAACAUCUGCAUUGAGCAAUAGCCCUUGAAUUUCUGGAGGCAUGUCCAAGAAAAGGGGCAGAAAGCGAAGUAGCGGGGAGCUGAAUGACACAUUGACCCCGGACCCCAACAGCAUUCUGGGAGUCCGCAUUCAGCACAACUGGCGUGAGAAGGGGAACCAGAGCAAAUGGAAGGGAACGGUACUCGACAGGCUUACUGUGAACCCUUCCCUCUUCAUGGUGAAGUAUGAUGGCUUUGACUGCGUCUAUGGCAUCGAGUUGUUCAAGGACGAGAGAGUGUCGAACCUACAAGUCCUGUCGGAAAAAGUUUUAAACAACAAGAUCAAGAUACCUCCAGGGGAGGAAGAGCUGGUGGGCAAAGCCGUGGAGCAUCUGUUUGAAAAAGAGGAUGGAGAGAAGAAUGAAUGGAGAGGCAUGGUUCUUUCCAGAGCCCCAAUCAUGACCAACUGGUAUUAUAUCACUUAUGAAAAGGACCCCGUUCUCUAUAUGUACCAGCUGUGGGAUGAUUAUGCUGAUGGAGACCUCAGGAUUCUGCCUGAAGCAGAAAACAAGCACCUGUUGCCCGCAGACAGGAAGCCAGGAGAGGAGACGGAGAGUCUGGUGGGGAAACAAGUGGAGUACGUUACUGACAAGGGUGUGAAGAGAACAGGCCUGGUCAUCUACCAGGUCCCAGCCAAGCCCUCUGUCUACUACAUCAAAUAUGAUGAUGACUUUCAUAUCCAUGUCUAUGACCUGGUCAAAACCACCUAGAGAUAGUGGACACUUUAUCCCACUCUCCAGCCUCCGUCCAUCCGCUUCUGUUCCACUUGUUCUGAUCUUGUAAUUCAAAGCCAUGGCAGGGUUGAAUAGUUAAUAUGCUUUAUUGUUUGGAAGAAAGUGCAAUCUGUUUUUCAUAAGCACAGCAGAACUGUAGCACUGCUAUGCUUGGCUAUUUUGAGUGGAGGGAGUUGACUUGUUUUAUUGUUGCUGCUCUACUUUAUACUUUAAGUUUUGGACAGUCCAAGAUUGCACUGCCCAACAUCUGCAAAGAGCAGUUGCUACUGCAUUUGCAUUGUUGCCCCUGAGAUACUCACUGAUCUGUCCUUAAAGUAAUUAUCUUAAUUAAAUUCCAGUAUUUACUUAAAAAGCUGCUCAAAAUUUCCUUUUGAAGCCAUUUCUAUUGGGUCAUACUGAAUAGCUAGUAAGCAUGAUAUACUCAUUAUGUUUGGUAUAGAUGUCUUCCACUGAGGCAUUUACUGAAUUAGAGAAAUACAUGUGCUGUAUUUAUCUGCCCAUAUUAUCAAAUAAUUUAGUGUUAGCACUGGAAGGGAUGAAUGCAAGCAGCAUUGUCAAAUCACCUGAAUGGAGCCCUUAUAUUUUCAAAAGCCUUUUAAAAAAGAAGUAUGCUCAUGUGGCAAUAUACUCCAGCACCUUUGCUCCAUGUAUCAUCAGAUCCUCUUUAGUGGUGAUGAAGAUGCAGUUUAAAUUCUCAUUUCAAUUUGAUCCCACACAAAUCAUCAAGUGCCUUCCGGCUUAUCAUUCCGCAAUAUUGUACAUACUCUAUUGCCAACUAUCUAAGCUCUGAAUGAAUCCUGGUGUAUUAAGGCUGCUAUUUGGUUUUCAUUCAAAAGUGGUGACACUGACAGCUUGAGGAAAGUUUUGCAACCAUCAGGUUAAAUGAGUCCUGUGUUUUUGCUCUUAAUGCGGUAUGAAAGUGUUAUUUAAAUAGAACAUAAAUCCUUGGUUGUACAAUCUCACUUUUAAAAUUGUGGGGAGCACUUUAUUGUAUAAAGUUUACAUGUUUAGGUUAUGGUGUGCAAAAUAGUUUCCCCACAUUGCUUUUUUCUUAAGAGCAAAUGUGGCAGAAUAAAAGCUUUCUAACUCAUGCAUGAAUAAAAAAAAAAUAAAGAAAGAAAAAACACUUGUUGCAAUACAGAUGAGUGUAAAAUGCCUUGUAAUGUUGCCUGUCGUGAUUGCUCUCAUUUAUACAAAUAUAUCAUCCAAGCUCUGCCGGCUUUUAGUGUAUGGGUUCAUAAUAUACAGUAUACAUAAAUUAUAAACUGAAUAUGUAACAGGUAUAACCAACUGACAAACCAGUUUGUUGCCGAAUUAACUCUGAUUCUAGUCUUUAUAACUUUUGUCUUCACAUGUAUGCUUGCAGUAUGGUGUUGGUAUUUCAUUCCAACUUGGUCACUAUGUCCUAGUUGCUGAAUUGGUCAUGGCCUUCUUCAAGUCAUUCAGUGUAUCCCUCGGUAAACUAGCAAAUCAGUAAAUAUACUAUAACUGUUUAUUUUUAACUGGCAAAACUCUGCAUGUGUCAUCUGCACAGUGAGAGUGUCUGGAUAUUGACAGUAGAAGUGACAAUGUAUGGCAGAAUCAGUACCAUCUGUUUAACCCUUAUUUAAAAAAAAUAAAUAAAUAAAAAAGAAGAAAAAGAAGCUAACGCUAUACAUCACCGCUAAUGGUGUUGUGGAGUGUUUUUAUGUUGUGUACAGUGGGGUUACAAAUGACUGAAAUGACUCUGUGCUCUUCUUCACGCUUUUGAUCACUUCCUCCUGUUCUGAAGUUGUAGCAGCAGCAGCCCAUUGUUGUCAUUAUUUUGUCAUGAAGAAUAAAGAUUUUUGCACAUUU